UACUUACAGUACAGAGAUUGUGUUGCAGCGCCUGGGGGUGGAUUAAAUUAUACCAUCAAAGAGGAGCGGACGGGAAAAGGCGGUACAAAUGCUAGGGUCAUCUGAGCAGAUCCCGCCACUUUCAAACGUCUCCAGCGCUGAUAGCGAGAAGCUGCAGUUUCUACCAGAAAAAGGAUGGCUACUCCUCCAAAAAGAAUGUGCGUUAGCCCCCUUUUCAAUGACAGUUUUGAAAAGAGAGCGAAAAAGAUAUCCAUCGAAGGGAAUAUUGCUGCAGGGAAAUCUACUUUCGUUCAAAUGUUGGAGAAAGCCAGUGAUGAGUGGGAUGUCGUUCUUGAACCUAUUGCGAAAUGGUGUAACGUACAAACUACUGACAAUGAAUUCCAGGAACUUACAACGUCCCAAAAGAGUGGUGGCAAUCUCCUCCAGAUGCUCUAUGACAAACCAAGUAGAUGGGCGUACACGUUUCAAACUUAUGCUUGCCUGAGUAGGGUUCGGUCACAACUUCAGCCAUUGUCCUCCAAGAUUCAGGAAGCAGAACAUCCUGUACAAUUCUUUGAAAGAUCUGUAUACAGUGACAGGUAUAUAUUUGCCUCAAAUUUGUAUGAAUCUGGAAACCUUAAUGAAACAGAAUGGUCCAUUUACCAAGAUUGGCAUGCUUGGAUAUUGAGUCAAUUUGGCCCGAAUAUUGAAUUGGAUGCCAUAAUCUAUCUCCGAGCAACCCCUGAGAAAUGUAUGGAGCGACUUCAUCUGAGAGGCCGGGAGGAGGAACAAGGGAUCGAGUUGGAAUACCUCGAGAAAUUAAAUUACAAGCAUGAAACUUGGCUACAUAACCGAACAAUGAAGCUUAACUUUGAAUACCUGAAGCAUAUCCCUAUUUUGGAGCUAAAUGUUAAUGAAGAUUUUAAGAACAACAAGAUUAAACAAGAGGACAUUCUAGAAAAGGUGAAGGCAUUCUUGCAGACAUUAUAGCAGAAGAGAACUGACUACAAACCAGUAUUUUAUUGCACUGAUUUUUAUGCACUGUGUAUAAACCUUAAAGCAAAUGACCCAAAUUUGAAGAAUAGAUUUAUCUAAAAAAUAUUUAACAUUGGGUAGAAUGCAAAUCAUAUCUAAUCAAAUAUUCACCAGAUUUGGCAUUCGGUUCAAGAUUCUACACUGCAAGUAUUUGCAAUUCCUUCAUUCAAACUGCAUUGCCAAAUUAUGAUGAUACUGAAUUAUGAGAUUCCCAUCGAGCAUAUCUGCUAAUGAAUGCCUGCUAAUAGUGAGACACUACCUCUGCAUGGCAUUAAGAAUGAUCUUGGACCACUUGAACAAUUUUGCAAUUUGAAUUGCCACCUCAAGCAGUGAUAUAAAUUGUCUUUUUUUGGUAGGUGUUGUUCAUAAAAGAUUGUCUUU